GGGGGUUUGUGUAUGUGUGUGGAAGAGAGAGACAGAAAGAGAAGCGACAGACGGCAGGGGCGGCAGCCGGAGGAAGAGUCACAGCGAAAGGAUCAGUAAGGCAACCGUCUGGGAACGACAGAUCCAGAAACACAGAAAACAGAGGAGAAGACAGAGCCAGAGGUCAACCCCUUCCUGAUCAAUGAAAGAAGCCAUGCCAGUCCUCUCUGCAGGAGCAGGGUUGCAUGAGACGCUUGCCCUUCUGACCUCACAGCUGCGUCCAGAUGCCAACCACAAAGAGGACAUGGUCUUCCUCAAAGAUGUCUUCAGUGAGAGGAGUCUCAGCUACCUGAUGAAGAUCCAUGAGAAGUUGCGUCAAUAUGAAAGGCAGAGCCCCACCCCAGUUCUCCACAGUGCCUCCACUCUGGCAGAGGAUGUGGCAGAGGAGUUGCAAAGUGGACCGAUGAGCGUUGAGGAAAAAGAACUUCUACAUUUGCUGACAUCACCUCAUCUCAAGGCGGUUCUGUCAGUUCAUGACACAGUGGCGCAGAAGAAUUUUGACCCUGUGCUGCCUCCUCUUCCUGACGACUUUGAGGAUGAACUAGAUGAGGACUCUGUCAAGAUCGUCCGCCUAGUUAAAAACAAAGAGCCACUGGGUGCCACUAUUCGGCGGGAUGAAUCCACCGGGGCCGUGAUUGUAGCUCGGAUCAUGAAGGGAGGGGCUGCAGACAGGAGUGGUCUGGUGCAUGUCGGUGAUGAACUGAGAGAAGUCAACGGCAGCUCUGUAAUGCACAAGAGACCAGAUGAGAUCAGUCAACUACUGUCUCAAUCACAAGGCUCUAUCACACUGAAAAUCAUCCCAGCAAUCAAAGAGGAGGACAAGCUGAAAGAGAGCAAGGUCUACAUGCGGGCACUGUUCGAUUACACUCCAUUGGAGGACAAAGCCACGCCAUGUCAGGAGGCAGGGCUUCCGUUUAAACGUGGAGACGUCCUGCAGGUGGUCAGUCAGGAUGAUCAGACGUGGUGGCAGGCCAAGAGAGUGGGAGAUUGCGGCCUACGUGCAGGACUCAUCCCAUCCAAACAGUUUCAGGAGAGGCGGUUAGCCUACAGAAUAAAAAUGGGCACUCUUCAAAACUCCAAGUCUCCCAAAAAAACCGUCUAUGACCAGGGAUGUGAUAAAGAAGACUGUGACUGUGAGGGCUAUUUCAAUGGACAGUACAUAGCCGGUUUAAGGAGAAGUUUCCGUCUAAGUCGGAAGGACCGUCGUGGUUCUUCAGGAGAGGCCAAUGUUACUGACCAGAAUGACACAGAGUUCCUGACCUAUGAAGAAGUGACACGUUACCAGCAGAGGCCCAAUGAGAGACCCCGAUUAGUAGUUCUCAUUGGUUCUCUGGGAGCACGCAUCAAUGAGCUGAAGCAAAAGGUCAUUGCAGAAAAUCCCCAUCGCUACGCCGUGGCUGUGCCCCACACCACACGGCCCAAAAAGAGCCACGAGAAGGAGGGAGUAGAAUACCACUUUGUGACUAAGCAGGCCUUUGAUACAGAUGCACAGAAUAACAAAUAUAUAGAGUAUGGAGAGUAUAAGGAGAAUCUGUAUGGGACCAGUAUAGAGGCCAUCCGCUCUGUUCAAGCCAAGAACAAGAUGUGUCUGGUAGACGUACAGCCUGAGGCUCUGAAGGCCCUGCGGACAGCCGAAUUCAAGCCUUAUGUCAUAUUUGUAAAACCACGAAUCCCAGAGAGUCGCAGACGCCGCAGUGCCGGCACCUCGCCGGGAGGAGGUGAACAUGGCCGAAUCACAGAGGAGGAACUGCAGGAAAUGCGUCUGUCUGCGCAGCAGAUAGAUCAACAAUAUGGUCAUCUAGUGGAUCGGGUCCUGAUUAAGGAGGACACUGCCAGUGCCUGCGCAGAACUACGUAGCAUCCUGGAGAGACUGGAGCGGGAGACCUUCUGGGUUCCUAUGAGCUGGGUCAAGGCCUAGGACCCCCCCAUUAGCUUCAUUCCAGACUGUUGGCCAACACUUCCACUGAAGGCUUCUUUUCUUCCAUACGGUGCAGUCGGACUGCACAGGUUCUCCUUGGCCUGGCUUCUUUCAGCCAUCCACUAUCUGUAAGGGAAUGUAGAGGUCUGCACAGGAUGGAUUUUUCAAUCCCGAUCCUGCCCACUCCCAAUAAAAAUCGUAUAGUUUAUUCCGUUUUGUCCCGUUCCCUCAAACAAAAGCCCAUAGGAAGAGGUCUAUGCAGAUUUUUCAGUCCUACUCUGGUUAGAUUCUGUCUUGUUCAGGUGUCAAUGGGCUAUUUUUUCUUAUUUCCACACACACAACGCUUCAGAGCUCCAGUGACAGACUUGUGCGUGCAGUUAUUAUUACAUAAUUAUAUUUUGCAGGAGCCAACGAGUCAUUUCUUUCUGCGCACAUAUCAGCACAUCCUGAUUUUGCAGAGUUAGCAGACGCGUUCCUGAGUCAACAUAUUUUUUUUCCAAAAAUUACAACAUUCCUGUCCAAAAAUGAAUCCUAACCAUAUCCCUACCCCUAAACCUAACCAUACCCAUAAGUUAUCCCUAAAUCAGAAGGAAAUGAUAGGUGAAUAACACUGAUCUAGAAGCACCAAACCCUGACUGUAAGCCUAAACUUGACAUAAACUGUAAACUUAUCCCUCAAAUCUGAUUGGUUGAUUGGAAUGUUGUUCCAGGAUCAACAAAGAUUUUGCUCCAGGAACAUGAAAUCAGGUUCUGCCACAUAUCGGUAUCUUCCCUUCCGCACACACUCAGAAAUUCAAAACCCGUCCCGCGCCGUAUUCUGUUGCAACGGGUCUCGCAGACCUCUAGGGAAAGCAUUAAGAGACUAAAAAGAGGGAAACAGGCCAUUGAGGGUGUCUGUCUUAAUACAGGUUUUGUUUUCAGGCUGGGACAUGCAGGCACAUAAGCACUUAUAUCGGCAUGAAUGAUAUAAUUUAUUUUUUAAUUACUUUAGUUAUUUAUUAUUUGCCUCGUUGUGUCAUAACAUUUGUUCAGUUGAUACUUGAUAUCUUCCUUUUAAGUUAUUUCAAGAGUUUCAGUAGACUGUUCACUAAAGCAAUACUUCAGUUAUAACCAGAUUAUAUUUUCAGAAAGGUGUUGAUAUUUAGUAUUGAAUGUGGAAUAUGGUUACCAUAGAACUCCACAUCUGGCCAUAGCAAGUGGGAAAUUUGCAGACUGAACUGUACAUUUUUCUACAAUGCACAGUAAGCCUUUCCCACGCACUCCCAUGCAGAGACUCAUUUAGCAACCGUAACUACUUCAGUUGAAAAUCAUUUGAAGUUUUAAUUUCAUAAAGUGUUGCUUAUCAGACUUUGUUGUCUAAUUUAAUCACAGAAAUCAGGUUAUUUUUGAAGAGCACGACUGAUCAAUGUUUCACAGGAAAAUAUUAAACUCCUGCUGUGCCAACAACUGUCUCAAUGCACCAAGCUUUUCUUCUCAGAGAUUUUCUUCAUUCGGUGGGUUACGAAAUACCACGCCAAAGCACUUACGCUACACAUCAUCUAUGUAAAUAUGUAACUAAGCUUCCUGGAGUUGAGGUUUGUUAGAUGUAGAUGAACUGAGACAGUGUUGAGUUGAGACAGUAACACAAAGGCCCCUUAUUUUAAACUAGACUUUGGUUGUAAAGGUUUAAGCGACAGUUCAGCGUGAUACGUUUAUGAGCUCAUGCAUCUUUUGCCAUUUAACUGUCACAUUCACAAUUUCUCUAGGACUUUCUACCAUUUCCCAACAUAUCAUACAAAUCCUCUUGAUCCUACCUCACCCUGUUUUUCAACUGAAAUCUGUCGCUUUUGUUGUAAGCUGCCGUUCUUUGGUGUAAAUUCUUAAUUGUAUGUCAUGUACUGGUUGCAAGUAAAAAUCAAAACCAAUCAAGAAGUUGGCUGUCUUGAAUGUGUGGAAAUGUGAAUUUUAUGACUAACGCCACCUCUUAUUACAUUUGUCUAUUGCAUUGAGAUUGAAAUGACAGUAAGCAGUACUGCGUGUUUUUGUGGAUUAUUCUGUCAGCCACUCUAUUGUGCAUUAACAUUAUGAAUAUAUUUGCUGCGGGCAAUCAAACCCGAGACUGUGUUAUCCCAUUUCCAAGCUCAGGUUAUUGUUUUUUAUCUGUUUCAUGUUAGACUGCAUUUAUGACAGUUUGACAGCUGCUGUCUUAAAACAGAACUGAAAUAAACAAUGUUAGAUUUGUUCAAUAUUUGAGGUGUCCACGACACUCAGAUGAAUCAUUUCACCUAAUAUGCAAGCGAAAAGGUAUAUGCAUCAAUCAGACGGGGUGCUAGCUCUGCCAAAUUCAAUCUGGGAGUAGUGAAAAGAUGGAGAAAACAGCUAAACAACACAUUCCCUCAGUGGAGUCAUCCUGUAAUCCUUUAAAAGCAUCAAAGAAAAGCCAAGUGUCCGAUUAAACAACCAACCCACUGGCGGAGACCUCUGAGUGUCAGACUUUCUUAUUCAUUAGUAGAUCGUGGUCUUUAUUUGGAAAAUGGACAGAAGGCCUGGGCUCAGUGAAAGCCCGGCUAUCUUAAGCCAGCUUUAUUUCGCAGGUCUCUGAGCAGUGGCAUAUUUGUGUGAUAGACUUUUAUCCACUUAAUUGGGCUGAGAGGGAGGGGAUGUGAUGCUUGGUAAUUGACAUUUGUUUGAUUGUGUGGGAAGAACUGUUAUUUGUUUGGUGGCAGAAAGAUCCUUUGAAGUAAUCCCGUCUCAGCCUCGUUCUCCCUCUCGAGCAAUUAAGUUCUGGAACAUUUUGGUUGCCCUAUAAGACAGAUGGGAAGACGAAGAGAAAACAAUUAAAAUGGGUGGUGAUUGAUCUCAUUAGUAUGGAAGUCUUGGCAGAGGAGUGGAUUUCUAUUACCAGCACAGAAUCAUAAUGCCAUAAACACAACAUUUUUAGAAGGAACUUAAAAGUGAAGUUGAAGCCAACAACACACACACACACACACACACACACACAGUGUGAUUAACUUGUGCGAAAUACUAUACUGAAAAUGCAAAACAGACAUUCAUCCUUGCGAGGUAACAAUAUUCUCAUUAGCUAGUUUAUUCAUUUAUCUGAGACUUUUGUGUUGCGUGUGUCUGACAGCAUGCUAAUUUACACUGUAUUGUGUUGUGUAUCAUUAAGGGCAUUGCUAAUAACUCUGAUAAAGGCCAACAUUAAUGAUAUUUUCAAAUCAGUAGCCUGCUUGGCUUUUUCAUGGCCUACCUUUAUUUAAGUUUACUGAAUGUCAUUAGAGCAAUUGAUAUUGCAAAUACGCAUUGGGCGGGUUUUGUAAUUGUAUCAUUGUUUAGUGCAUCCUGGACUCUCAGCUUUUGCAGUUUUGCUUUGCUGUUCAGACUCCAAACUCCUGAUUUCUAUUACAUUGAAGUAAUUUAAAAUGUUUCACAAGCAUCCUGAGGCUCAACUAUCAGCCUGUUACAUCAGACAUGCCAUGAUGUCUGUUUACGAAAGCAGCACCGCUGGCAUUAUAACUUGUUAAAACUUAAUGAGUAUACUGUACUGUUAGAAUUUUUUUUUGCAAAAUUUGUACCUUUAGGGGUAUACGACAACAGCUUGUCACUGUGGCCUAAAGGGUACAUUAGUACCUUAAUGUGUACUUCAGGCACUAUGAGUGUUUUUGAGGAUACUGCCCUGCUGACAAGCUGUUGUACCCCUAAAGCUCAGAUUUUUGUAUAUUUCUUUCUGACAGCAAACUUUUUUGCAUCUGUGAUGCAGAAUUACCUUACUUUUUACUUUAUAGCUCAAAACCAACUGAAUAUCUGUCAAGUCUUACUUAUUCUUUUUUUUAAUAAUUAAUGCAAAUGUAAAGUGACCAGUGAAGAGGCUGAGGACAGCUUUGACUUCAUAAACAAAAACGAAUGAACUCUGUUUGGCUCAUCAGAAUGAAAAUUCAUGUGUGAUUAUUCUUUUAUUAAACCAUCUUCGUCUGU